GCCCCAGUUACGACCUGAGCGACAUUUCCGGCGUGCCUAACUCUUCUCUAUUCUGGUCUCAUCCUCUUCUCGUCCUUCCAGCCACUCGCGUUUCAGUCUCGCGUGCCCGAUCCCGUCGUCGAGAUCACCUGUCCCGAAAUCCGCGAGACUCACCCUCCGCGUGAAACAAACCCCCACGUACGAAAAAAAAAACGACAACAUGCUGAUCGGUCUCGUACGCGACUCGGUGCUCCAGUGCUUCUGUCAUAGCUGCAAGGCCCCGCUGGGUGUCGUAGCGGGACAGAGGAGAAAUAAUGCGCCGUUUAAGAAGCCGAGCGGCAAAGGCAAGCCGCGGACCAAGCAGCCGAAAAAGGUGAAGUUCAUCACGACCGAGAUUCGAUGCCAGGAAAAGUCCAAGGGUGGAUUGUGCUAUGAGGUGAUCCUGGCGCAGCCGACGGUGCCUAAGAGAGCGCCUUCGCCGCCGCAAUCGAGCCCGACGCAGCAGGCCGCGAUCGAGGACAAGCUCAAGGCCGCCGAAGAGCGAAGACUGUCGAUCGAGGCGCACAAGCUCGCCGCCCUCGCCGCUAAGCUCAGCAAGAUCGAGGAAGCGUCCCGCAAGAAGGAUGAGCUCAGCGCGGCCUUUAUCACCGCCACCCGCGAGUCCUUGGACGCGAAGAUGAACAACACGGAAGAGAAGCGAGAGGCCCACAUCGCCGAGCUGAAGAACAAGCUGAAGGAGCAUUUGGAGAGUGUUGAAAAGACUCGCCUGAGUCUUGAGCAACAAACUGAGGAAGUGCGAUGUGCCGUUGAGGAGAAAUUAAAGACUGCCGCGGCUCAACGUGACGAAAAUAUCAAGAGGAUGCUGGAUCGUCUCAAGGAACAUGAAGAGCAGGUCGCUCGCGUACGUCAAGGUAUGACAGAGCGUGUUCAGCAGUUGGAGUCCCAAAUUCAAGGCAAGUUGGAGCAGGCACGUGAACGUCGCGAGUCCAUCGAGCGCGAGCAGAAGGAAAAGCUACGCAAUCAUGAGAGGCGCGCCGAGAUUGUGAGACAGAAUAAGAAGGAACGCCAGGACGUUAUUCCGUCGGCUUCGCCGAAUCCGAUUUUGCCGGUGGAGAACGAAACCGCCAGUUCUGGCUAAGUGUCCGGCGCUCUUUUUAAGGUCGCUUGAACAUCCUGCAAAGCUCCGUUUCGCUUUGUGCCAUUAUUUUCUGACUCAAAGUAUAACAGGAGAUUGAUCGCCGUGCAUUAGCAGUAUCUGCAUUUCGAGCAAGAGAGGUAGGAAGGAGCUGAAUCGUUUCUCCUUGCGGUUUCUGUCGCACGGACAAUACUGCCUUCAUCACACGUUCUUAUCUCGACAAUGUUCCGCAUCGAAAGAACGCACGGUUUCCUGAAUUUUGGAGAAAAAGAGCAAGGACAGUUAACGAUUCUUAAGGAGGUUGCUGCGAAAGUUUGACUUCGAGAUAGAGAGAGAUGCAUACGAGAUAAAGAGAGAUAGAGAGAGGGGAGGGGGGAGCUUUAGGUGCUAAGUUAUAGGGCACAAGGACCUGAAAAUAAAGUUCUAUAAUUUGAAAAGUGUAAGAAUUUAAAGAAUUAUUAUUACAAGAUUGAAAUAUUUAAAGAUUUAGAAGAGUUCAGAGAUUUUCAAAAUCCAAGAACUUUCUUCUAUUUUUUUAUUCAUCAAAAAUGUAGAAAUUAGAAUCUACAAUACUGCGAUAUCGAUAUAUCCAAGACUAAAGUAUCAAGAAUCUUUAGAAAUUAGAAAACUUUUUACAAGAAUAUUAUAAGAACGUAUGCAAGAUCUAAAAACUUUCGCAGCAACUUAAACAAGAGACAUGUUCCAGAGAAAUAUGCAUUUUUUACAUAAUAAAUAUAGUUAAAAUUGAUUUUAAAGUACAUUUGAGAGAUUUAAUUCUGGCCUUUGUUAAUCACAAAAUACAAUGUGCUAGAAAUUUUUAUUUUCUAUUUUAAUUGAUUAAUGACAAAUAUAUCCAAGGAAAGAAAAAAAAGAAACCAAAUAGAAAAACAUAAGGUGCUCUUCUCCAAUCUCUUUUAUAUGAGUUUUUUUGUGUGUUGAACAAUUAAAUGCAGCUUUUUAUUGUUUUACUCAUGUACGUAUUGUCUUCAAUCUUCUCAAUGAAAAAAAUAAGGGGAAAAGAUCUAUACAAUGACUAACGAUCGAUUAAUCAUGAUUAUUGGCUGAUUGUUUUGAAUCACAGCACAAUAUGUCAUUUUUUGAGGGAAGGAAGAAGAUUCGAUUUGAUAGAUUAACAAAUUAUUACAAAUUACUAUCGCUACAACUUAGGUACUAAGUGAUGCGACUGCAGCUUUGUAUGCGUAUGCACACGCAAGAGGAUAUGUGUGCGCGCGCGAUGUGUGUGCUGAUAUGUUAAGCACACCCAUGAUUAUAUAUAUAAAUAUUAUAUACAUAUAAUUAUAAUGAUAUAUUAAUGAUAAUAAUAACAAUAAUGAUAAUAGUGCUUUAUACUAGGCUUGAAAUAUUUGAGAAAAACAUUUUGUACUCAUUGUAAUAUUAUGCGCUAACCAAAAUGAGAGUAACACUCACACUGAAAAAUGUAGUCUAACGAAAUAUGAUAAUGUGACGCUUCUGUGAUGACUUUAAUUAUUUGUCAAAAUGUGUAACGUCUAAGUGCGGACAUGAGAGAGCGAUAGAGCAAGGGUGAAUGAGUGUGCGAAAAAAAAUAUAGGAAGAGAAGACAGGAUGGAAGUCAUUUUGUUUUUUCAAGUUAGCACGGUUGUCGUGAUCAGAGGAAAUUUGUUUGCAUCGAGAAUCUAAAAUAUACGGCGUACAAUGUAAUCUUGUUAGGAUUCCAAUCCUGACCCACGAAGUAUAACGUCUGUUAAAAUCGCUGGUUUAUAUGCUUGCAGAGAAAAAAAUAUAAUGAACGAAAAAGUUAAGAAAGAGGAUCAUUGCGAUAUUUUCUAACACGAUGUCAAGAUUUUCUAAAACGAGCUUUGAAGCUUAAGUAGUUUCAGAACGUUUUGAGGUUUAAGUGAUCUUCGAAACGUUUUGAAAUUAAUAGAAAUAGAAUGUAAUUAAAUACGUAUAAACAAUUCUGCUUUUUCUAAACAAGAAACUAGGGUUUAAUAAGAGCUUUAGAAAAAAAAAGAAAAGUGAAACACUUUGAAGUUCUAAAAGUUGACGUGAUGAGACACAGAAGCUUUUCGAAAUAUCUGAAAUACUCUUUGAAUAAAAAAAAAGAUACAUUAAGAAACUUGAGCCUUAAUAUGUGCUUCAAAGAUUGGAACACAAUUCACAACUAUAGUCAUUCUUAUCAGCUUUUAUCUCCUAAUCCGGAUCGGCGAUUCCCACACAGCUUGCUUUCUAAGCUCUCGUAAAAAUCCUUAAGUUAUCUACACCAUCUUCAGAAUUUGAGACUUGAAAAAAUUUUUAGGUUCAAGAUUCUAUGAAGACUAACACAUUGAUUACCACAUCAUCGUGAUAAAUAAUUAGAUUAGCUUACUAUUUUUUUUAUUACGCUUAUUACAUUUCGUAUGUACUUUCAUUAGUUUUUGUAAUAAUUCACGAAUAAUAGAUUUUAUCUUUUAUUUCGA